AUAAUAGCGCGUGGGGCAUCAUCAGCAGGGCAGGCAAUGCGGGGAAUUGGAUGGAGGGGGGUUCAUGACAGACCCAGGCUUGACUCCCUGCACCACUGCAUAGGAGCUCUGUGACCUUAUGCAAGUCUCUUAACUUCUCUCAGCAUCAGGAGGUAACCUACAAACCACAGAUAACGGUAUGGACCUUUUGCAGACGCUGUGAGGAUUGAAUGAGAAGAGAUUGAAACAAUGGAAGACCUUUAUGUGGCCAACACAAUCUUCGCCCUCAAUUUUUUCAAGCAUCUGGCAAACACCAGCGCCACCCCCAAUCUCUUCUUCUCUCCAUGGAGCAUCUCAUCCACCAUGGCCAUGGUCUACCUGGGUGCCAGGGGCAACACCGCAGACCAGAUGGCCAGGGUGUUUCAGUUUAACAAAAUUGGAGUCAAUGAAGUCCCCCCAAUGACCCUGGAGAACUUCACGGGUUGCAAACUCAUGCAACAGGUCCAGAAACGCCCUUAUCCUGAGGCUAUUUUGCAGGCACAGAGUAGAGACAGAAUCCAUUCAUCUUUCCGUUCGCUCAGCUCUGCAAUCAAUGCAUCCACAGGGGAGUAUUUGUUGGAGAGCGUCAAUAAGCUGUUUGGAGAGAAGUCUGCGAGGUUUAAGGAAGAAUAUAUAAAACUCUCCAAUAAAUACUACGCUACAGAACCCCAGGCACUUGACUUCUUAGAAUGUGCAGAAGAAUCUAGAAGAAAGAUUAAUUCCUGGGUCAAUACUCAAACCAAAGGCAAAAUCCCAGACUUGUUACCUGAAGGUUCUGUAGAUGGGGACACCAAGAUGGUCCUGGUGAAUGCCGUCUACUUCAAAGGAAAGUGGAAAACUCCAUUUGAGAAGAAAUUAAAUGGGCUUUAUCCUUUCCGUGUGAAUGCGACUCAGCGCACACCUGUUCAGAUGAUGUACUUGCGUGAAGACCUGAACAUUGGAUACAUAGGGGACCUGAAGACUCAGAUUCUAGAACUCCCAUAUGCUGGAGAUGUUAGCAUGUUCCUGUUGCUUCCAGAUGAAAUUGGGAGUAUGUCUACUGGCUUGGAGUUGCUGGAAAGGGAAAUAACCUAUGAUAAAUUCAUCAAGUGGACCAGCAAUGACACGAUGGUCGAAGAUGAUGUGGAGGUGUACCUGCCCCAGUUCAAAUUGGAAGAACACUAUGAGCUCCAGCCCAUUCUCAGGAGCAUGGGCGUAGAGGACGCCUUCAGCAAGAGCCAGGCCAAUUUCUCUGGAAUGUCUGAAAGGAAUGAUCUGUUUCUGUCCAAAGUGUUCCAUCAAGCCACUGUGGAUGUGAACGAGGAGGGCACCGAGGCAGCCGCUGGCACUGGGGCCAUUAUGUCAGGGAGAACUGGCCAUGGUGGCCCACAGUUUGUGGCGGAUCACCCUUUCCUCUUCUUUAUCCUGCACAAAACCACUAAGAACAUUCUCUUUUUUGGCAGGGUUGUCUCGCCCUAAAAUGGAAAAGCUCCGUUUCUGCACAGAAUUUUGUAGUACGGACCGUAAGCCUCAGAAUCACUAUAAGUGCCAAACGUUUAGAGGCUUUUUCUACCUAUUUCUGUUUUUUUCCCUCUGAACAACCUCUACUACAAGCUAAUGAUAACUGCAGAGAUAGCUGGACCGCUGUUGACCAUAACGCUGCAACCCUGUUAAUCAUUCGGUCUCUAAGUGGAAUGAUGUUCCAUUUAGUUCUUCCUUACUAUUUAGUUUAUUUUAUAGCAUUGACUUUUACUGUAUUAUUUAUUAUUUUAUAUGAUGGUUUUUGUUAUUGUUCACUGUCGGUUUCUGAAGCUGAUACAGUUACAGAAGCAGGUGAUCAGUUAUUUUUCUACCUAAAGAAAUAUAUUUACUCAUUUAUGUAAUGAAGAAUGAGUAGUUGUCCUUCCACACCCUUCAUCAUAAAGGCCCAGGAGAAAGCACUGAAUAACAGGAAAAUGUAUGUUAUGUGCAUUUCCAGACAUAUCACAUGGAUGUGUCUAUAACUUAUGUAAAGUUGCAAGUACAUAAAAAAUAAACAUGUUUCCACACAACCA